AUAUAACAAAAUAAGAAAGUGCAAGUGAAUUUCAUUAAAUCUCCGCGUAAAAUUUCUUAUCUAAAUCUUCCCUCUAAUACAAAAAAAAAAAAACAUGACAAUACACCCGUAUUUCCACUACUUACGCUCAACACACACCAACACCCGCCCAUGUCGCCACACACCGUCACAAUUCCGCCAGUAAACACAAAUGUCCGGCCAACGCGUCCGGACCUUAAACCAAACGUGACACAUGGCUAUGUACUAUUAUGCUAGUAAAAUAUCGGCAAUCGCUUGUGGAACACGUUGCAGACAAACAGUCUUACAGAAAUCGCGCGGACAACGUGAUCGCGAUAAAUAUGUCACGACAUCGGAUGACAGUGACAACAAUGGCGAAGGUGAUGGGUGUCGUGGCGCUGGCGUUGGCAUUGGCGUUGACGAUGGUGUGGCGCAUGAAGGUGCCGGCGUUGUUGUUGGUGCAGGUGCUGGCGCUCUUGUGGGUGCCAGCAUUGAUGGCGCCGUGCCAGGUAUGGCUAUUUAUACGACAGCGGCUGAAAGUGCAUUGGCGGCGGCGGCGGGGGCGGGUACCGCUGUGUCCUUGGGCGAUGGCGUACGUCAUCGUCGGCGACACAGUGAACAAUUGGACGCGUACGAUUUGGAGUUGGGGUUUCAGAAACUCGAGGUUUCAUUGGCAAAAUCAACAAAAAGCACCUACAACGCUUAUAGCAACGGCAAUGCCGGCUUGGCUGCUGGUGACGUGGUACAAUAUGACAUACCGAAGAAUUCAUAUAAGCGAGCAAAUUCGAAUAUCAAUUACGAGAGCUCCGUGCUGGGUUCCGGUGGUAUUAUGUAUAUAAACGGUAGAAUAGUUUCUGGUCCCUUAGACUCCUUGAUAGACGUUUUAGUGCCGAAAAAUCUCAUAGAUUUCGAUAAGGAAUUUAUAUUCUCAUUUUUAUUAUCGUCACGUUUAUUUUUACGACCCCAUGAGCUGCUUGGCAAACUAUUAUCCUCGGUACCUGAUAGCGAGUCGUUAGAAUCAUUAGUCGCAUUAUUGGCCGAGUGGACGCAAAAGUUCCCCUACGAUUAUCGCGAUGAACGUAUGAUGGGCCAUGUUAAACAUAUCGUUGCCAGAUGUUCCAAUACAAAUCUAGAAGGUGUAGUUUCCGAAAUACUGAGUGCCUUGUUGAAACAAUUGACUGAUUUGGAAAGACAUGAAGAAGAUCUACGUGCUUGUCAAAGUACAAUUGAGAAGCCCGAACUCAACAAUUUAGACUGUCCGACUGCAUCGCAAUAUGCGCAAAUUCUCUGUCGGUUGGAGAAGAAGCUGGCGAAGCAAAUUGGACCAGAGGAAUUCGUGCAAUGCAGUAGUAAUGUGCUGCUGGAUAAACAGAAAAAAUGGGAUCAACCGAGCACGUCCGGCGGCGCGCCCGGUGCCCAGGAUCCGAAGAAAACGUGCAAUUUGGAAACAUACCUGGAUUGGUCGGCACGUCUGCGCCUAUUCGUAUGCAAUGAAAUAUUACAGUGCAUCGGCAUACGUGAUCGCAGUAAAACAGUCGAAUUGUGGAGUGGCGUCGCUCAAUACUGUCUACUCGUUGGUAAUUACAACAGUGCGACGGCCAUACUCGAAUCGCUUGAAUCGCCGCCUAUAGCGAGACUGAAAAUAACGUGGAGCAAAUUGCAAAUGACGUGUCAGCAAUUGGAUUGCAUGCAACGACAUGCUGAGGGACAUGGCGAUUUGUGGCAUAAGCAGGCGAGCAUUUUGAACGAGAGUCAUAGUCAUCAUCAACAAAAGACUGAUAUAGCAGCAACAACAAAAUCAACAACAAAAGCAGCAACAACAACAGCAGCAAUGAGUGCAGUGGGUGACUCAGCAAGUGUGUCAAAUCAUCGUACGGCAACAGCCGACACCACAACGUCGGACACCACGUCAGCCGGUGCCACAAUAAAUGGUUUAACGGUAAUGCCAGAAUUGUUAGCAACACCUUCAGCAACACUUCCAAGCAUGGUAGUCGCACCAGCAGUCGUUGGUAACUGUUUACUCGGGUCAAGCAACCAGUUGUUGUUGCCAACAGACGUUGUUGGUGAGAGUGUUGGGGCUGUUGUUGGUGUCCCAAUGGGAGUUACUACGUCGACAACAACUAACACGCGUAGUCAAUCAGGUGAACAGGCAACAACAUUAAUACUAAAACCGGAAAUGAAAGCAAACGCAACAUGCAAUGGCAAUAGCAACAACAACAACAAUAAUAACACGGCGAAUAGCAGCAGCAACGAUAGCACAGCAAGCAGCAGCAAUAGUAGCCGUGCGGCGGGGGCAUGCAGAAAAAUAAUUAAAACGACAACAACCACAAUAGCAACAAUGGCUGAAACCGAUGGAGGCGAAUCAUCAAAUGUAGAUAUGACAGCUGCUGGUGUUGUUGGUGGUGGUGGUGGUGCAGGUACCGGUGCAGCGACAGUGACGAAACCAAAUGAUUGGGUUGUGAUUCCGGUAUUUGCGGAUAUUGUUAAAUUGGCAUUGGCCGGACGCGAGGAAUGCCUGCAGCGGUUACCAAAUGGUCACAUCAAUAUUAUGGCCUUCGAUCGAAUGGCGGCCAUUGUUGGUGCAUUUACCAAGCACAUGCAUGCCGUUAAGUCGCCGCAUGAAGCGCAGCCACCUGGUGAAUAUAAGACAUUCUGCCUGCACAUGCAACACUCAUCGAAAUUGAGCGAAACGGGUAAGUCUGUUGAAAGAGCUUAUGGGCUUACAUAUCAGUGUAUGUGUGAAUGUGUCAGUGUGUGGCACAUCACGGAAAUGGUCAGUCAAGAUACAGAAAUUUUAUUAAAUCUAACAAGAAUUGCAAACAUGCAGAAUACAAGAAUUUCUAACUUGAGAUAACUUAAUUUUGAAAGUUAAUGGAAAGACUCCAACCUUAAUCAGAUUGAUAAAAUGUUAUUCCUAAACUUUAUUUUAUUUAAUAAAAGAACUGAUAUUAA